AUGAGUGACAUCAUCCUACCAGAUGCGGCCGCCGCAGAAGAAAGCCGUCCCCAGGACACAUCCACACCCACUCAAGAUGUUCCUGAUGAGGUGGCGCGCACUCCCCGCAACAUCGAAGAUGCGGCGUCUCCAGAGGAAAGCAUCCCCCAAGACACGUUCACAAUCACACAAGACGUUACCGAUGAAGUAGCGAGCACUCUCCGGAGCAUCGAAGACGCCGCGUCUCCAGAAGAAAGCCGUCCCCUGGACGCACCCACACUCACCCAAGACAUUCCCGAUGAGGCAGCGCGCACUCCCUGGAGCGUUGAUGAGUGCCUUUUCAUCCAGUUGCAAGCCGGCUUUGCACUUGCCGCCGCCUUCCUGCCCAUCUGUACAGUACUCCCGCCGACUGGUCAGAGCUACUACUACGUCUUUCGCCGGUUCUUUAGGACUGCAGAUCAAGAUGCAUCCGAGACCACUCCCGAACAGGACGCCGCCGCAAGCCCGAGAACCCAAGAAGAGUACCUGCUCAAACAACAGGAGCUGGUACACUGGGCGCUGAAUAAGACGGAUGAAGUGGCGCGGAAGGCGAUGAAAACCGGAGAGUUCAUGAGGGGUAAGAUGUGGAUAAUCGAACAGGAAGUCUUCGACAAGUACCGAAAGAUUCGCGAAGAGUAUGGCCUCGAAUUGCCGAUCGAAGACCCGAGGCAGACCAAGGAGAUUCGCGAAUUCCUGUACCGAAUCGUUUGCGCAAGGUUCCCGAAGUCGUUGGGACAUAGUCCCACCAGCUCAGAUGCGGACGAGAAUCGCACCACUACGGAAGAGACUGACGACGACAUGUAUGAAGGCUCUACUCGUAGCUCUCCGCCUGAAGACGAGUUUGAGAAUACAGAGAGCGCUUCGCCGGUGGAGGAAGAUGCACCUGUCGAGAAGGACACUACGCAACGUACCAGAACAAGGGCCAGAAAGCCCAUCGCCGCCCCCGAAGGCAACAACGCAUCCCCACCAGUCCGUCAGUCCGGUCGAAAAGUCCUUGUAACCGACAAGGCGAGAAAGGCGCAGACAGGUACGAAACGCACCAGGCGAAACACUGCGGUGGAGAACGAGAGCGAAGACGAGGAUGAGGAUGGAGAAGAAGACAUCGCGGAAGUUGAAGAAGAAGACGAGGGUGGAGCAUCACCGAAGAAGCGCGCCAGGAAGACCAUCAAGAACAUCGCCCAGAAGACCGCAAAGCCGAAGACCAAGAAGGGUCAUGGACCAAAUCGCAAGCAGAACGAUGCCUGGUCGCAAGCAGAGCGCGAGGUCAUCGUGACGCUAUUCAACAAGAUCAUAGCCGAGAAGGGCCUUAUUUACUGGGCGGAAAACAUCAGUUCCAUCUUCCACGAGGCUACCGACGCCGUGAACGCACAUAGGGCCCUGGAUAAGAACACAUAUCCAGGUGAUACUCGUCGGAUGGACGGUGUCCGCACUCAGGUCCACAAGAAAGACGCUUAUAAGCGCAUUAAAGACCGAGCUGACGCGCUGAGGACUAAGAAGGCCGACCCCAAGAAGACGGUGACAGAGGCAGAGCUGAAGCCUCGAGAUGUAUUCAAGGUGGCGGAUAUCGAGCCCCCUAGCGGCAAGAAAAGCAAGAAAUGA